CACCACGGCAUGACGUCCCACGGGGCGUGUCCUGAAACGUCAUCGUGGAGAAACUGCAAGCUCUUUAUGGAAAAAUCUGGAACCUUCCAUGCUUGUAUAUUAAGGCACGCGGAGUUUCACUACAAGACUCGUUGAAGUAGAGGGAAGUACGUAGACGGACGUUCGUUAACUUUUUAUUUUUGCAUUUUCUACUACUUACGACGUACAAUGGGAAAGGAUUACUACGGAGUCUUGGGGAUCAAAAAGGGGGCGUCAGAGGAAGACAUAAAGAAGGCUUAUCGGAAGCAGGCUUUGCGGUAUCACCCCGACAAAAACAAGUCACCGGGAGCCGAGGACAAGUUUAAAGAGAUCGCCGAGGCGUACGACGUUUUGAGCGACCCGAAGAAGAAAGACGUCUAUGACCGUUUCGGCGAAGAAGGUCUGAAAGGGGGCGGUCCUCCAGGGAGCAGUGGUCCUGGCUCCUUCCAGUACACUUUCCAGGGUGACCCUCAUGCCAUCUUUGCUGAGUUUUUUGGGGGGCGUAACCCCUUCGAGCAGUUUUUUGGUGGUCGUAAUGGCGGUAUGGAUGAGGACAUGGACACAGACGACCCGUUUGCCCGCUUUGGGAUGGGCGGCAGUGGAAUGGGUGGCUUCCAGCGCUCCUUUGGCUCCGGCAUGGGGGGAAUGGGGGGCCACACUAGUGUUGUAAAGAAGCAGCAGGACCCACCUGUGGUUCAUGACCUUCGAGUCACAUUGGAAGAAGUCUUGAACGGUUGCACAAAGAAAAUGAAAAUUUCUCGCAAAAGACUGAACCCUGAUGGACAGAGCGUACGGACUGAGGAGAAGAUACUGGAAGUUCAGAUUAAGAAGGGGUGGAAAGAGGGCACGAAAAUCACUUUUCCCAAAGAGGGAGAUGAAACUCCAAGAAACAUUCCAGCUGACAUCGUGUUUGUGUUAAAGGACAAGCCACAUACAGUGUUCAAACGGGACGGUUCUGACAUCGUCUACACGGCUCGGGUCUCCCUCAGAGAUGCUCUCUGCGGUUGUACGGUCAGCGCCCCCACGCUGGACGGCAGAACCGUCUCGGUCACAUCCACAGAGGUCGUACAGCCGGGCAUGAAGCGGCGGAUCUCCGGUGAGGGACUGCCUUAUCCUAAACGACCGGAGCGUCGUGGUGACCUCAUAGUUGAGUAUGAGGUGAAGUUUCCAGAGCGCCUCAGCCAGAACACUCGGGACACGAUUGCUCGGGUUCUUCCGACGUCCUAAACAAGCAGACACAAAGGAGCGACGUUGAAUUGCCAAUUUCUAGCCGGAUAAUCUCACACAUGUACUUGGAAGGUUGACAAGUUCAGCUUUUCACCGGCUAGAGUUUUGUUUGACUUAUUGAGUGAGAUUAUAUUUUCCUGAUAAAUAAAUGUAGAAAUUACACAUGGACUAUUUGGAGAAGGGUUUUUUGUAAAGAGUUUUAAAUAUGAAACAAGCUUUUUGUUUUCAGUGUAUUGAGUCAUAACUGUGGAGAUGUAUGUUGCAUUGGUGACAUGGUGGGUAACUUCAACUUGAAGUGUGCUUUUGAAAACUUUCUUUUUUUCUAGAACAUGGAGUUGGGCAGUAACAUUCAGACAAAACAGAGUUUUUGUGAAGCCAAAAGCAGAAUGUUUUGAUAUUGAUGAAAGAAAAAUAAAGAGAACUGUUGCUGGUGACAUGAAA